AUGCACGAAGACGCUCCAAAAAUGAGUGUAGCACAAAGUCUACCCGCCUCCACGAGUCAGGCGAAGAGUGAGAUCGUGACUGAUGUCCCCCCCGUGGACUAUGAAUUGAACACUGUUGAACUAAAACCCUCACAAACUAUUGAAAUGGAGUUAAAGCUUGCUUAUGUGAAUCCUUCCAGCGGAGAUCUUAAUUUGCACACAUGUGCCGUCCUCGCAAAAGAUUAG